GAGGGGAUUGCCAGCUGGAGAGAAGAACAACUCUCUGCAGUUCUACCAAGUUUUGAGAGACGUUUGCUGGCCAGGAAACUGCUGGAUCCUAGAAUGGACUUCCUGAUGUUACUUGGGCUUAACGGAACGGUAGAUCACUCCGGCCCCACUGAUUUCCAUGGAUAAACUCUAGAGAUGACUAAACAGGGCUUGAGUCACUAUUCGGAAAGCCUUCGUAAUUUUUGCUGCAACAGGAAGUGCCUGCAGUUCCAAGAGCAACUGUAGGAGACCGUAUGUGCGUCACAAAGUUCAGCAGAGUUGCAGUAAGGGCUGGUUGUGGGCGUUCCGUAAACUUUCACAGGAUGUGCUGGCCCAGCCCAUGCCUAUUAAAGCCAGUCCCUUGAGAAGUGGAGCAGAAGCAUUUCAUGUCCUCCUUCCACAGGGCAACUGGCUGCUGAAGAAAGGCGUAGGAGGCAUUUCCAAGCCAGGUUCAGCCCCAUCGUGCUGCACAGGGACUAGGAGAGUGGACAGUUCCUCACCAUGGGCUGCCUGCGGAUCACCGCGGCCUUGUGCUCGAUGAUCAACCUUGGGCUGCUCCUCACUGCCCUGGCCACAGACUACUGGGUCACUGGCAGGUUCCACAUGGGCCUGUGGAAUAUUUGCAACUGGAGAUACGAAUGCAUCCGUAUUGGCAUGGAUGCAAAGGACUACAUUCACGCCACCAGAGCAUUCAUGGUGACGGCGGCGCUCCCUGCUGCCAUCGCCUUCUUCAGCCUUUGGUUCUCAUGUUGCUGCCCUCGCAUCGGCUCCCUCAAGCUGGCCAAGGUAGCAGCCAUAGCCAGCUUCAUCGCAGGAGUUUGCACCUUACUUGGCAUGGCCACCUUCACAGGUGUGCACUCUGAGCAGUAUGAGCGGAAGAUGGGGACGUGGUAUGAGUGGUCUUUUGGUCUGGCCUGGGCCACCGUCCCUCUGUCCCUCGUGACUGGCAUACUUGCUUACAAGGUACCGUCCAAAACAAUGAUAUAAAGACUGGGAAAGUUCUGUGCCACUUUCUCUGAAUGCACUUCAGUUAUCCAGUGUGGGCAUACAUACAACAUACAAGUUAAUUCUAAAGUGAAAAUUCUGAGGAAUUCUGAAGGAAGCCAAGAGAGUUUGGACAACUUUCACGAAGUUUCUCAGAUGGCAGACCUUUUUUAUUAUUGGCUAGAGAAAUGGGACUUUGCAUAAAUUUAAAUAUGUUUUUAAAUGUUUUAAAGUUUUAAAUGUUUUUAAAGUUCCAUUU